AAGUGUUUCAUAAUUAACAUUUUCUACCUGCAGUAAAACGAUGUUUGCAGAAAUGGAAAUCAUUGGUCAGUUUAACCUGGGAUUUAUAAUAACCAAACUGAACGAGGAUAUCUUCAUAGUGGACCAGCAUGCCACGGAUGAGAAAUACAACUUUGAGAUGCUGCAACAGCACACCGUGCUCCAGGGACAGAGGCUUAUUGCACCUCAGACUCUCAACUUAACUGCUGUUAAUGAAGCUAUUCUGAUAGAAAAUCUGGAAAUAUUUAGAAAGAAUGGCUUUGAUUUUGUUAUUGAUGAAAAUGCUCCAGUCACUGAAAGGGCUAAAUUGAUUUCCUUGCCAACUAGUAAAAACUGGACCUUCGGACCCCAGGACAUCGAUGAACUGAUCUUUAUGCUAAGCGACAGCCCUGGAGUCAUGUGCCGGCUGUCCCGAGUCAAGCAGAUGUUUGCCUCCAGAGCCUGUCGGAAGUCGGUAAGGAAAGAAAGCCCGGCUGUCAGCAGCUGCUCAAGCUUGCGGUCUGAGGAAGGUCUCAGCCCAGCUCAUGUUGGUCAAGGCUGUUAAACGCCUUUGUGAUGGCCAGGGGUCAUUUUACACAGAGCUACGUGGAACAGCAUAGCUGAGCAUCUAUGUAGUCUGUGUUCUCUGGGACCUUGAACUCAUAAUUAUUGCUCUUUUGUUACCUCUGUUAAACAGUAUCCCUAGCCAGGUACAGUGGCUCAAGCCUCUAAUCCCAGCACUUUGGGAGGCUGAGGCAGGAGGAUCACAAGUUCAGGAGAUCGAGACCAUCCUGGCUAACACGGUGAAACGCCAUC